AGUGACUCCCCAGAAAUUUUCCAAAAACACCUGAACCAAAUGCUAAUUUCUCCACAGGUGUUGACUGUUGAUGAUUUGGACUUUAAUGCCGGCCAAGACCUGACGAUUGUUGGCAAGCUUCUCCAUGACAAGGACUCCCUGGCCUUGCACUUUAAUCCAGGUUUUAAAUACAACAAGGAUCACAAAGUAAUUGUGUGUAACUCUAAUCAGGACGGAUGGGGACAGGAACAGAAAGAGCACAACUUUUCAUUUCAAUGUGAUGAGGACUUCAAGUUAGUGAUUAACUUCAUCAAUGAGCAGUUUUAUAUUAAACUCCCAGAUGGCAAAACAAUGAGCUUUCCAAACCGUUUUGGAGACGACAGCUUUAAACACCUUAAUGUGAACGGUGAUGUCACAGUUAGCAGCAUCAAGAUGAAAUUACAUGCUCCAGACCACUCAGAUCAUAAAGAGACUAAAUUAGCAUUGAAUACUAAAUAA